CUUGAUAAAUUGAGAGUUCAUUAUAUAUUUCUACUUAUAUUGGGCAUCAUCCUAGUUGAAUUCUUACGAAGAUGGCAAGCAACUCUAUUCGUUAUGAUGAGCCAUCCAAUUUAAAGCAGAAGGCAGCAGCAGUGGGUCAUGUGACCACAGAGAUGGGAGAUUUAGUUGGUGGAGAGAGUCUUUGGAAUGGAGAGUAUGUUACUCAUGGGGGGCUUCUACCUCAACAAUAUGAUAUUUCUCCUACAAUUGAGGAGAUGUACAGUUACAGUCAAUCCAUGAGGAUUCCACACUUAUCAAGCUCCUCUCUGCCAGUUCACCAUCAGUUAUUUGAUAACAUGUUUGCUUCUCAGGAUACAUUCAAAGUAAAUAGUGCAUUCACAAGGUACAAGAAGGAGCCUGGUACUGGAUUCCAACUGAGCCGGAAAUCUUCAAUAAAACAGAAAUCAAUCAAGAGAUGCUUCGAUUUUUUGAGGAGAAUACAUGAAAAUCGGAGAGAGAAUUCAAGGUGUGAAGUGCAUGUGGAGGAGUCAUAUACGUCCACACAUAGGAUUGCUGAGCGCAACAGGAGAAUCAAACUCGGUGAGCAGUUUUUGGCUUUGCGGUCUCUUCUUGCAGAUAAUUACAAGAAGGGUGAUAAACAUUCCAUCUUGUCAAAUGCUGUAGUUGAGCUGAAUCAGCAGAAGCUUCGAAUCACAGAGCUUGAGAAACACAACAAAGCCCUAAUGGACGAAGUUACCCAACAUAUAUGUGAAGAUUACAGUAGUUUAUCGCAUGGCAAUGUAGAAGAUUUAGGAAAGCAUCCAUUAAUGUCUUCCAUUUGUUAAGAAGCUGUUGUAGUGAUUGAGGGUAGUGAAAUUGCAGAUGAAGCAAUCAUGCAUGUAACUCUGAAAAAUAUAGUUUCCAAUUCUAAGUAUAUGGAUGCCAUUGUUACCCUGGUAAAGUGCCUUAAAGAAAUGGAAGUGGGGAUUGGGAGAAUCCAGUGCCCGGAGUUAGACUCAAGAAACCCAGUAAUCCAAGUGGCAAUCCAGAGGCAAACAUAAACUGUUCGUGUGAGUACAAAUAUAGGGCUUGGAUUUUACACUGAAACGGAACUAUUUGUUGUAUGAUGACAAAGAGAGAAGGAUAGGAGCUGUUCCAAAGGAAACCGUUGGAGGAAGUCAUGAAACGUGCUCUCAAUGCAGCCUAGGCGCCCAGUCUAAGGAGGAGUUUUAUUUGUAAUCAUGAAUUUUAUUCACAUUUUGGUAUAGUUAAAUUUCCCCCAUUGGCAUCAGAAAAGCUA